AUGGUGUGUAAAUGUCACAUUUCAGGAAAGCCCUCAAGCAUUCUUUUCCUUUACCCCACAAAGGAUGCUGCGGUCUCUGACCUGGGCAAGGCCUCCUACCACGAAUUAAUAAGCCGGACAUCGGCAGUUUCCUCCUUCACACUUGCACAGCGUGCUAAACUGCAACACGCCAACCUCGGCCACGACGCCAGUCUCCCCGAAGCCCCUACAUAUUUUUACUGUUCUUUUUAUCACCAUGAAUAUGUUGAAAGCCUUUAUAAUAACAGCAUUGCAGCCCAAAAUGGAGUUAAUUCUGACUGGGAGAAGAAAGUAAUUGAAUAUUUUAAGGAAAAGCUGAAGGAAAAUAACGCCCCUAAAUGGGUACCAUCACUGAAUGAAGUUCCCCUUCAUUAUUUGAAACCUAACAGUUUUGUGAAGUUUCGUUGCAUGAUUCAGGAUAUGUUUGACCCUGAGUUUUACAUGGGAGUUUAUGAAACGGUUAACCGAAACACAAAAGCACGUGUCCUUCAUUUUGGAAAAUACAGAGAUGUAGCAGAGUGUGGGCCUCAACAAGAAGUUGAUUUAAACUCCCCACGAACUACCACUUUGGAAAGACAGACUUUCUAUUGUGUCCCAGUGCCUGGGGAAUCUACAUGGGUAAAAGAAGCCUAUGUUAAUGCAAACCAAGCUCGAGUUAGUCCUUCAACGUCCUACACUCCCAGUCGUCACAAGAGGAGUUACGAAGAUGAUGAAGAUAUGGACCUGCAGCCCAGUAAACAGAAAGACCAACAUGCAGGUGCCAGGCAAGCAGGGAGUGUUGGUGGUCUUCAGUGGUGUGGAGAGCCAAAACGUUUAGAAACUGAAGCUUCUACUGGCCAACAGCUGAACUUCUUGAACCUCUCUUCUCCCUUUGACCUGAAUUUUCCACUGCCAGGGGAGAAGGGCCCUGCAUGCCUCGUGAAGGUCUAUGAAGACUGGGAUUGUUUCAAAGUCAAUGAUGUUCUUGAGUUAUAUGGUGUCCUAUCUGUGGAUCCUGUGCUAAGUAUACUGAAUAAUGAUGAAAGGUGAGUCUGUUCUUUUUUGGGUAACUUUAUUUUGAUACAAUUUCAAACUUGCAGAAAAGCUGGAGGAUAGUUAUAAAGAACUUUCUCCCUUUACCCAGACUUACCCGUUAACACUUACGCCCCAUUUGCUCUGUCAUUCAUUUGUGCUCUUACAUAGGCACAUUUUUAUAUACGUAUGUGUUUAUCUGAAAUGAGAGUAAG